AUGUUCUUAGUAAGUGAUGUUAAUAAUUCCAAGAUUCCUGAUAUUUCGGCUCUUUCAAUUUCUUCUAUCUCUGAUUACCAUGUUUUUGAUUUCCCAGGUAAAGACUUACAACGUGAACAAGUUAUUGAUUUAAUCGAUCAACAAGGUUUUAUCCCCGAUGACUUAAUUGAACAGGAAGUUGAUUGGUUUUAUAAUUCUCUGGGUAUCGACGAUUUGUUUUUUGCCAGGGAAACUCCCGAAUUAUUGUCAAGUAUAAUUCAUUCAUUAUACGCAUCAAAAUUAGAUUCUUUCACAAAAUUGUCUUGCAAAACAAGCGAUGGGAGUAAUUUAACUCGACCAAAUAAAAGUAUAAGGGAUUUAUUUAAAAUUAAAAAUAAAAUUUUGACAAAAGAUAAUCAUGCAAUAUUUAUGGAAACGAGCAAUCUUCAGAUAACAAGAUCAAAUGAAAGGUUGAUUGGAAAUUUAGAAAAUAAGGCUUCAUCACUAGACUCAACAAUAGAAAACGCAUAUAAUAAAAAUACUUUAGGUUCAUUUGGAAGUAAUUCUCUAAAUAUUAUUGGCGAUGAAACAGAAAAUGUGCCAUAUCAUUUGGAUGGUCAAAUUGAUGAAUUAUAUUUAGAUAAUAAUUCAAGUUUAGGAACAAGAUCCGUUUCGUUUUGGACCCCACAAAGUGGUCUCAAAUUAACAUUUGUAUAUAAUUGUAAUUUUGAUGGUACUACAGAAAAAAAUAUAACUUCAGAACAGUUACUAAAUGGUGAUAUUGAUUCUAUCAGUGACAAAACAAUGACACAAGUUUCAUCAUUAGAGACAAAAAAUUAUACGGUUAUUUUAAUCAAAUUAGUUAAAGAAAGAGAAGGACCAGUCAUUAAAACAGUCAAUUCUUCAGAAAAUAAUGAUGAAAUUAGACUAUUAAUCGCAUUUAAAAGAUUUACAACAAAAAACUAUUAUGAAGCAAUUUCAACAUUAUUUCACUAUUAUCGAUUAUCUCCUUCCAAGUUUUAUUUGGAGACAUUCAAACUAUCUAAUGAUGUUAAUAACAAUAGUGACAAUAUUGUUAUCUUCUCUAUUUACUUAAACAGAUCACAACAAUUGGAGGAUUUAUCGUUAGGUAACAAUAUUGAAUUGUCAUUGAAACAAAUUGAAAGAGAAGCUUCUUUAUUAUAUGCAAUUCCAAACAAUUCAUUUGAUAAGCUUUACGAACAAAGAUUAUUUUCUCCUCAAGAAGCUGUCUACGCACACGUAUCAGCAAAUUUUAUUAAUCAUUUUAUCAACAGAUUAGGCUCAGAUUAUCAAUCACUAAUUGCAGAGUUGAAUGUCAAAGAAAGUAAUAUAAUUUUAUUAGAGUUAGUUGAAAAUUUAAAGAGAAAAUUAAGGACAGAAACGUUUACAUUGCAGAUGAUUAUUUCAAGUCUAGAAAAAUAUUAUAUGAUUGUUUCAAAAUUAUACAAAACUUUUGCAGAAGUUCAUUAUCGUAGAGAUGAGCAGUCCUUAAAGGAAACAUUAUCAUUUCAAAGAUUAGAGCGUUUAGAACCAUUCAAAAACGAUCAAGAAUUUGAAUCGUAUUUGAAUAAAUUUAUUCCAAAUGAUUCUCCAGCUCUAUUAAUCUUGAAAACUUUGAAUAUUUUUAAUAAAUCAAUAUUAAAGACAAACUUUUUUGUUACAAGAAAAGUUGCUUUAUCAUUUAGGUUGGAUCCAAAACUAAUUAUGCCAGUAUCUGAAUAUUCGGAAACUCCAUAUGGUAUAUUUUAUGUCAUCGGAAAUACAUUCAAAGGGUUCCAUAUCAGAUUUAGAGAAAUUUCUCGUGGUGGUAUUCGAAUUGUUACCUCCAAAAAUGCAGAUAUUUACGAAUCAAAUACAAGAAAUGUCAUAGAUGAAAACUACCAAUUAGCCUUAACACAACAAUGUAAAAACAAAGAUAUCCCAGAAGGUGGCUCAAAGGGAGUUAUUCUAUUAUCACCAGGGUUAACUUCAUCGGAUCAAACAUUUAACGCAUUUUCUCAGUAUGUCGAUGCAAUAAUAGACAUUUUAAUUAAGGAUCCAUUAAAAGAAACUUACGUAGAUUUACUAGGAUAUGAAGAAAUAUUAUUUUUUGGUCCUGAUGAAGGAACUGCAGGUUAUGUCGAUUGGGCAACUCAACAUGCAAGGUUAAGAGGUUGCCCAUGGUGGAAGUCUUUCUUAACUGGCAAAUCAGCAUCGCUUGGUGGUAUCCCUCAUGACGAAUAUGGUAUGACUUCCCUAGGUGUUCGUGCGUAUGUCAACGCAUUGUACAGAACAUUAAAUUUGGAGAAUACUACAAUUAGAAAAUUUCAAACUGGUGGACCAGAUGGUGACUUAGGUUCAAAUGAAAUAUUAUUGUCUACCAAUAAUGAAUUGUAUGUCGCUAUAGUCGAUGGUUCAGGUGUGCUUUGUGAUUCCAACGGUUUGGAUUCUUUAGAAUUAAUCAAAUUGGCUAAUUCAAGAAGUACGGUAUCAAAUUAUGAUAUGAAAAAAUUGAGCAACAUGGGAUUCUUUGUUAGCGUCGAUGACAUGGAUAUAAUGAUCCCAAACAGUACCAUAGUUGCGAAUGGUACCACUUUCAGAAACACUUUCCAUACUCAAAUUUUUAAAUUUGUUGAUAAGAUUGAUUUAUUCGUACCAUGUGGUGGCAGACCAAACUCAAUUAACUUAAAUAAUCUUCAUUACUUUAUUGAUGACAAGACAAACAAGAGUAGAAUUCCAUAUAUAAUUGAAGGCGCCAAUCUUUUUAUUAAUAAGGCUGCUGAAAUUGCACUUGAUGCUCAUGGUUGUCUUUUAUUCAAAGAUAUGUCAGUUAACAAAGGUGGUGUAACAUCUUCGUCAUUAGAGGUGUUGGCGUCAUUGUCCCUAAAUGAAGAAGAUUUUAGUCAACAAUUUAUUGGGAACAGUGAUGAGAAAUCACCAUUAUACAAAGGGUAUAUUUGUGAAGUUCAAUCAAGAAUUCAAGAUAGUGCGGAGAAAGAGUUUAAAUUACUAUGGGAUUUAAAGAGGAAAACAAAUAAACCAACAGCAAAACUAUCUGAUUUAAUUUCUCAAACAAUUAAUAAAUUAAAUGAUGACUUGAUUGACUCGAAUGAGUUAUGGAUGAAUGAUAUUAAACUUCGGGAUUAUUUAUUAUUUAAGAAAAUCAUACCUUCUCUGUUGACUGAAGUUGCAGGCGAAGCAGAUAUCUUAAAGAAUAUUCCAGUUCCAUACCUUAAAGCAUUAUUAUCAAGUUACUUAUCGAGUUCGUUUGUGUACAAGUUUGGGGUAGAGGUAGAUAUUGGUAAUUUCUUAGAGUACAUAGGGAUGUUGAAAAGGGAGGCUUUAGAAAGCAAUUAA